AUGGCUCAACGUACAGACGAAACUACUCAGCAGUUUUUUGUUCGAAUAAACAAACAAGCUAUCAAAUGUAAGUGUGCUGAUAAGGAUAAAGAAAUUAAACAACAAAUUGUGCUUUGCACAAAUAUUUCAAAACUACGGAAAUACAGUUUCCAAAAUCCUAACAAAACUCUACAGGACUUGUUAACUACUGCCAAAACAUUUGAGCUGAUGGACCAUCAAAUAGAAGAACUUGAGAAAGAAACGAUAAAACAAAAAGUAAAUACAGUAAAGAAAACAAAAUUUCUACAAACCAGUCAAGCGCCACAUGAGACAGAAACUAAGUUGCUAAAAAGAACUUGCUACCGAUGUGGAAACGAAUUUCCACACACGAAUAAAUGUUUAGCUUUGGGGAAAUCUUGCCACUCCUGCGAGAAAAUCGGACAUUUUGCAACAGUCUGUAAAACUAGAAAACAAAACGAACAGAAUACAAGAAUACAUCAAGAGAAAUACAAAAGAAAUAAACAAGGUUAUACAAAACCAUUAAGUACAAUUUACAAAGAUAUCAAUGAAUCCGAAAAUCCUCAGUCAAAAUUAAACGAAGGAGAAUUGUACUCUGUCAAUGCUAAACAGAUAUCUAACGACGGACUUGAGAACUUCGAGGUAACGAUUAACAUAGAAAAUAUACCAAUAACCGUUCUAACAGACACCGAAACUUCGAUAAACAUUCUAAACUUUAAAACAUUUGAAAAAAUAAACAACUUCCUUAAAAGACCACUUCGACUACAAAAAUCUAAAACAAACCACAAAAAUCUGUUAUCUGGAAAUGACGCUAAGUUACUCGGUUUAAUACAACUAAAUACUGACGUCAAUAAGAAACUAUUAAACAAAGGCCAAUGA